AUGGCUCCACGCAGCAAGAGGAACCGCGCGAGCAUUGCAAAUCUUCAAUGCAGAUGUCAAGAGCCGGGUCUACACAAGGGAAACAAAGAGAACCGGAACUUGAACACUCCCCUUGUCUUUAUGUGGGCCUCAACUGACAUAUGUGCUGGAGCUGGAGAUGAAACAGAUAUCAGAGAUACUAGCUUGCCAACUCACACAUCACCUGUGUCUUGUGUCCUUGCUGAUAUGGAAAUUUGCUCGAAUGUUGAAAGAACUGUGCCACUUGCUCCUACCAACUUUGAAUCAGUGAAUAUGAUCAUUGAUGACGACUCAGAGAGGACAUCACUUCCAACAUCUCACAAUGAGUCCAAUCCACCACAUCUUCCCAACCGCUACUCAGCAUUCAUGUCAGAUUGCCCUGAUGAUGAUGAUACUUACCUAGAUCAUGAGUCCGUCAGGUCUCUUGCUGAUGAUCUCAGUUGUGUAGAUGGCAAUUUCGGUGACAGCGAUCAACAUGAUGAAUCAGCUGAAUCCAGUUGGCAGGAUCUGGAGGCAGGCAAAAAAGAUGUCGAAUACACCACCAGCGCUGCAUGUCAAUACCGAGCUCUUAUCCAUGUGGCCCCCACUCUUCCUGUUGCGGAAAAAGCACUCGAUGAUCUAAAGCUCAUCUUGAAGCCGUUGCGGAAGAAUGGAGUGGGACAGAUAUGGGUAGACUUGCCUUUCUUGCUCUGGGAGUGCCUAGAGCAGAUCAAAACAUUUUUGGGAAUGUUUAUCAGCAAGUUGAAGAAGGCGGAUAUGCUCAGAAAGGGGUCCUCACCUCAGUGGAUGGCAGCAUCAUUGGCAACAGCUAAUGUGCAUCAGAAAGGCAUAUAUUAUGCACGCCAACUACAUGCAUGGGCCAAGGCAUUUAUCAUGGACAGUGAUGAUCUCCCUUUCAACUGA